UUUGCAGCGGGAAAUGGCACGCUUGGGUCAGAUCUGGCAUCUUCGUGCGCGCAACGUGUGAAUGUGGGACAAUGCAGGGGGAACGAAAUCCAUCCGAGUCCCUGAUUGACAGAACCAUCAAGAUGAGGAAGGAAACGGAAGCCAGAAAAGUCCUUUUGGUCUGGGGGUUUCUCAACCUGUCACUCGCUGGCAUGAUCUACACGGAAAUGUCUGGAAAACUGAUAAGUUCCUAUUACAAUAUUUCGUGUUGGAUCGUCUGGUAUGUAGAACUUGGGUUUGCUUCUUUGUUCAGCCUCAACGCCUUAUUCGAUUUCUGGAGGUACUUCAAGUAUACCAUGGCUCCCACCAGCCUAGUUAUGAGUCCUGGACAACAGUCCCUGCUGGGGUUGCAGAACGCAGCGGUCCAGACUACGCCGCCCCGGGAGUUGAUGCCCAGGAAGACGCCCCCUUCGCCGCCCUCCCCUCCCAUCCAGGGGCAGAGCGUCCUGAGCUACAGCCCAUCCCGUUCCCCCAGCACCAGCCCCAAAUUCGCCACGGGCUGCAUCUCCGGUUACAGCCCUCAGCUGCAGGCCUUGUCGGGAAGCAGUGGGUCCUACGGCACGGCGGCCAGUUACUCCCCAGGAAGCAGCUAUAGUAAGGUGCCGCCCUUCAGCCCUUCGCCGGGUCCCUUGAUGUACCCCGCUAGCCUCGGGCCCAUGGACAGCAGCGGGAUGAGAGCCAGAUAUCGCUCCUCGCCCACCGUCUACAACUCUCCCACGGGAAAAGCUGACUACAUGAUGGAUUUGAAGUCGCUCGACAGCUUCCUUCGAAACGAGGAGGAGAAACAGCACAGGGUGCAGCUGGGCAGUUCAGAUUCCGGCUCUCCGUCAAACAGCCCAACUUUUUGGAACUACGGUCGCUCCAUGGCUGACUACGCCCAGAUGCUCCGGAAAUUCCAGUACCAGCCGGCCUACAGGUCUCAGGCCCCCUCGGCUCACAAGGACGAAGCCGAUCUGAGUUCCAAGCAAGCUGCCGAAGAGGUCUGGGCACGGGUUUCAACAAGCAGACAGCUGUUCGAUCACAUGGAUUCUUGGACUGCCAAAUUCAGAAAUUGGGUCAACGAGACGAUUUUGGUGCCGCUGGUUCAAGAGAUGGACUCCGUAAGCACUCAGCUGCGGAGAAUGGGGUGUCCAGAGCUACAGAUUGGAGAGGCCAGCCUGAGCAGCUUGAAGCAAGCAGCUUUGGUGAAAGGACCCCUUAUUCCUACCCUCAACACCAUAGUGCAAUACUUGGACCUGACCCCAAACCAGGAAUAUUUAGUCGAGAGGAUCAAAGAGCUUUCCCAAGGUGGGUGCAUGAGUUCGUUCCGGUGGAACCGGGGAGGAGACUUCAAAGCACGCACCUGGGAUACCGAUUUACCCACAGACUCCGGAAUCCUCAUGCACAUAUUCUGCACGUAUCUCGACUCCAGGCUGCCUCCCCAUCCUAAGUAUCCCGACGGGAAAACUUUCACCUCCCAGCAUUUCAUUCAAACCCCUGAUAAACCAGAUAUGUCGAACGAGAACUUGUUCUGCGUCUACCAGAGUAGCAUCAAUCCUCCCCAUUAUGAGCUAAUUUAUCAACAACAGGUCUACAAUCUACCUAAGGGCAGAAACAACCUGUUCCACACCUUGCUGAUGUUUCUGUACAUCAUAAAGACCAAGGAAUCGGGGAUGCUUGGGCGAGUCAACCUUGGAUUAUCCGGCGUGAACGUUCUCUGGAUUUUUGGAGACUAGCUGAAUUUCCAGCCACGAACUCUUUUUAACUCCGAGAGGAUAAAUUCCUUCCCUAGGAUGGGAAUUUAGCUCUGAGAUUGUAACUGCCUUGAAUUUCACGGCCACACAAAGAGAAGGGGUGCUUUAUUAUUAUUAGUUUUACAACAACGGAAGAGUCCAGGGAUAAAAAAGACAUAUUUUAAAUACUGUUUCUAAGCAGGAGUUUUAAACGGGAGGGAUGUUUAAUUCUUACUCGAUGAACAGAACUGCUUUUUGGGUAAAAAUUUGGAGGAAGUCAGCCUGAAAAAAAAAAAUCUGGUUUGCUCCUUUUCCAUUGAUCAAUUUGGAGCCCAAACCCCAAAUCAUACUUUUGAAUCGAAUCCGGAGUCCCUAAAUAUAUUAAGGAUUGUUGCUUCUCUACAACCAAUGCAUUAAAUAACACUAAUCGAAAAAGAUAUAUUAAAAUCUGGAUCCUGUGCCGUUUGCGUUCUCCUUUUCACAAAAGUAGGUGCUUUCGACAACUAGCACAGAAAAGUUGUAAUGUGUUUGUCUGACUCCGUGUGCGUGGUUUGAGGUGAAAAUAUUGGUUAUUUCCUGAGCCGGGUUUUGCAUCCGGUUUCGCUUUGAGAACACUCCUAAACAUUACUUUAAAACUUUUUUUUAAAAGGUCUGUUUUUUUGAACAGGAUUGGGGUGGUUUUUUCUUUGCAGGAUUCUUAAAAAAUCAAACUUUAUGCUGUCCUUCUAUCAAGAGUUUAUUCUGGAAAAAAAAAAUAGGAAUUUUUCCCCUCUGUGUAACUGGGCAAUGGAAGAAGCGACAUUGUGAGAAUAAUGUACCUUUUUUUUCUUCAAUAGGUAUAAAAGUAUUUCUCAAGUUUAAGAUAGGUGGAC